GUUUGAAUUCCGAUUUCGUCAACACUCUGAUUCCACAACACUAAUUCCAAUGCAUUGGAUUUUCUGUAUUGUUUACAUCCUGGGUUAAUGUGAUAAUCGUUUAUUCGAUAUUAUUCCAAUUGAGAAUUAUCAAUGUUAUCGAUUUUGCUUCGAUAUUUUUACGAUUUAUCAGCUGUGACAUUGUGGCGGCCAAAUUUCACAACAAACCAAGAAAAGCUGAUUUUCUGUGCCUCUGUGUGAUAAAUUUUAAUGCUUAAAGUGAGAAAUGGCAUUUAAUAAGGAAUUUGUUGUAGCCGUAUUAGAUAUACGGCCAUGCGCCAAUGAAAAUUUGAAAUUGAAAUCUGUGAAAUUAGUAUCGGAACUUUUAAAAGACAAGAUUUGUGCGGGUAAAAAAGAUUUCGUGUCUUUUGUUCUACUUGGCACUGAAAAAACCUUAAACGAUGUUAACGAACAUGUUUUUCCGGACGGUUAUAACAAUAUAACUCAAUAUCAACAGCCACAGUGUCCCACCUGGCAAUUACUUUUGAAUUUCUAUAAAUUUGUUAAUGAGGAUGCUUGUGAUGAUGGUGACUGGCUUGAUGCAUUAGUAGUUGCUAUGGAAGUAAUUAAAAGGGGUGAAGAGUGUUUUAAAUUUCAAAAAUCACGUAUAUUAUUUUUUUACGAUUUCAAUGAUACGCGAAAUUCCUACGAUAUGUUUGACGUUAUCGUACAAAAUGUGGCACAAACAGAAGUCGAAUUGGUCGUAAUAUCAGAAAAUAUACAAUAUGUUGACAAUCCAAUUAGCGGCGUCCCCAAAGUAAUAUUUCGGGAUGGCAAAAAAAGCAAACAUCAACUAAAAAAUGAAGACUACGCUUUGCAAUUGAUUACCAAUUGCAGUGCGAAGUUCUAUAAUUUUGAAGAAGCGAAACAUUGUAUAUUCAAAACUAGCAACAAACGUCCAUGGGUAUGGAAUAGUAAACUAACAAUUGGUACAGAGAUCAACAUUAAAAUAUCUGGUGUUAUUUAUAUGAAAGAUGAAAGUAAUAUCAAAUUGAAAAAGUGUUGGGGUCACGAAGAGGAACUUGUUUCACGUGAAUUAAAAUCGUAUGUACGUGGUGCAGAGAUUGAGCCCACUGAGGAGGAACUCAUUGAUGGUUAUAUGCUAGGCUCCACACCAAUACCCUAUGAUGAGUCAUUGAAAGAAGAUAAGGAACGCUAUGAGCCUGGCUUGAAGUUUGUAGGUUUUAUGAAACGUGAUUCCAUACCGGAGGAGUAUUUCUGUGGCGAUUCUUUAUACUGGAUUGUGCAUCAGAAAGGUAUGAAUGCUUCAGCGCAGAAAUUAGAUGCAUUAGUACGCGCUAUGACGAAUACAAAUAUGGCUAUGCUUUGCUGCAAAGUGUAUAGCAAUGCGUUUAACACACCGAAAAUGGUGGUUCUAUUACCCAAUGAGCUGCAUCCGGACAGACCUGCUUCACUUACAAUGGUCGAAAUUGCCUAUCAUUCACAAUAUCAGUACUUUCAAUUCCCGCGGCUUCGUACACAAAAAACGGAUUGCACUAAAGAGCAAAUCGAUGCCAUAGAUGAUCUAAUUGAUGCAAUGGAUCUAACUAUAAAUACUAAAGAGUGUGAUGAGCCACGUGACACGUAUCACUCCGAUCUGUUACCCUUUGAGUCAUUGUCACAUAUUUAUGAACAGAAUGUGUUGGAUGUUUUAGAGCGAAAAAUUAUAUCAAAUGCUAGCGAAGAUGAUGAGCAAUUCGCCGAAAUGUUGGAUGAUAAGAAUUUUGUAGAAAUCUUCUGGAAAGUGCCUGAAAUGCGUGAAAAGCAUGCAAAACGUGCGGCUAAAGUGGUAAAAUCCUUAUUUACAUUAGAAGAAAACGAACCGGACAAAACAACAACAACUGCUAAGAUUAAAGCAGAAUUUGGUGGAACAAGCACUGCUACCGAUAGUAGCACUGCACUGAGUUUUGAUAGUGUUGGCGAGGAAACGCCAGCAGAUGAUUUUCGUCAAUUAAUAGAAAAUAAUGUUUUGAAAAUAGAAAAUCGUACCGAGCGUGAUGCGAAAUUUCAGAUUUACGCAAAGCAAAUACGCAAUGUUGUUUGGUCAUUAUUAUUUGAAACUAAGGAGAGUUUAAAUUUUGAAAAUUUGUCAGAAGCGUUAGCAAUUUAUCGUAAAUACUGCUAUGACUUUAACUCAUUCGAUGACUACAACAACUGGAUUAGUGAAAUAAGAACACAAGUUGUACAAAGCAAACUGCAAAGAUUCUGGGAAAAUGUUGUGGUUAAUAAGAAUUUGGGUCUUUGCUUUGUGAUUACGGAUACGCAGGAAAGCCAACAGGCGUUAAAGAACUUCUAUGAGUUACCCAAUGACGAUGUGUAGGCGAUGAUUCAGAUAGUGUAUUUUUUCUCUUUUUGUUAUAUUUGAAAAUGUUUUUUUAUUGAACCUAAAUUUAAUUAAUUACGAGUUUCUAUAACUGUAAAAACAUUCACAUAUGUAUAUAUUUAUAUUAUACCUUUAAAGAAGUAUUUUUUCCAAAUUAAAUUGUUAUUUAUGAAUUUAAAGUUGAUG